AUCAAAUCACUAGAAAAACACGAUCCCACCGGACACUAUACCUGCUGUGUAAAAGUUAAAAGGAAUGCAUAUAUAUUGUCACGGCUUUGAUUCUUCAAUAUACUAAGGAGUCACUGGCGCACAGUAUAUUGUCCUUCGCCUAUGGAGAAUUUCUAGUUUUAUGUAAAUAAAGCCUGUAACAAGACUUAUGGUUGAUAGAUGGAUUUAACCCAAGAGAUUGAAGCACUUAACGGUGAAAUACGGAUUAUGAUGAAAAAGCAAGAGGACCUGAGACAUGACAUUAAGAAUGAUAAUCGGAAACGAGACAUAAAACAGAUGGAACAGCAACUUAAAAACAUUGAAAAGGGUGUAGAUUCAUUGACGACACACUGUGACAAUAAUUCUACCAGACUGAGCGAAAUUAAAGAAAUGGUCCUUACUUUGUCACAAGGAGUGACUGGCUUAACCGAAACAGUACACAAUCUCAAGGAAAGCUCGUUUGGAAGAACAGUUGCAAGUGGCAAGAUAUUAGAAGCUAUAAAAAACGAUGUUGAAAAUGUUUCAGUUUCUUCAACAGUUUGUAAAAACACAGAUUGUUUGAUUACUGAAGGAUGCAUAUCCUCAACAGUAUCAGUGACAUCUCGUUCUUCAAAUGAUUUGGGAAAAUAUACACCUCAUGAAACAUACACAACUGACGAAAGCCAUGAAUAUAUCCGUCAUAUAGAAAGAAAUCCUUCUAAGGACGAUAAUUUAGAAGUUGAUACUCCAUCAGAAAAAAGGGCCAUUCAAGAUGACAGUAUAUCAGUAUCCGAUACAAAAGAAACAAACUGUCAAAAUGACACACUUGAAGUAAAUGAUAGAAAACUAAGGCAAGAGAGUAAAGAUGUUGCGAUUAAAAAUUCAAAGGCUAAAACGUGUAGAAACGAUUUGGGUUAUAAGAGUUUGUCAACAGAAAGGCUUUACGACAACCGUGUAAGUUUCCAUAGUAAAUGGUCAUGCUUUACGGGUACAGAUUGUUCUCCUGUAUUUAAAUUUGGUUUCAAUACAGAUGUUCCAUUUGAAACUAAUAUAAAACAACAACAGCCGAAGUCCCAUGAUACAAGACCAAAAUUAAAAGCACGCAGAAAAAGGUUAAGUGGUAACAGAAAACAACGGAAUACAAGUUUCCAAAAUGUAGACUCUGCAGAUAAAGAUGAUUCUAUCACGGGUAUGGAUACUACUGGUCAACCAAAUACCACCCCUGAUUGGCUGAACUAUUACCAUCUUGUCUGUGAACAUGCUAAUUGUAGACUACAGACAGGAACAGUAAGGCGUAGCUCAGGACGUUAUGUUACAUUGGUAUUAGAUAUAUCAGAACGUAUGAAAGGCCAUAAUUUUGAAAUAAUGAAAAAAGCAGCAGUUGAGUACAUUGAAGGUGUAAAACAAGUCAGUCAAACAAUUGGGAUGGAAGAGAAUAUUGGAUUAGCUGUAUUUGGCGGACAAAACCAACUCAUUCAUGAAUGUACCGUUGAUUUGGACCUUAUUUUGAAAUCUAUAGGAAAACUUCAACCAAGCGGCUCUGCACCUACAAUAGGAGGGUUGCUGAUGGGUAUGGCUGGUGUAUCGACAGGUCCGUUUGGAGAAAUCGGAGAAUUUCCACUCCAAGGACAUAUUAUCAUCUUUACGGAUGGUGAAUCGGAAGGAAAGACAUCUUCUUUCUCCAAAGCAAACAGUGGAAUUGAUUUAAACUCUUUACUUAACAGUGGUGGUUUAGGUUUAUCAAUUUCGAGUACCGGAAUUAGCAUGGAGUCUUUACUUGAUGAAAAUGAUAUAUGUGAUUACGCCGGAAUAGAAAGUGUUAUCCACCAGACAGUCAGUAGUCAAACAAAAGUAUUCUAUGUUCCGAUCGGAAAUAAUCAGAAGAACGCUAUAUUGGAACGUGUAAUCAGAGAAACGAAUGGGAAAAUGAUACAAACGAGUGAAAUGUAUCGUUUAGUAAGGAUGACUCAAGUCAUUCUGUUAGCUACAAACAUAGCUUCCGACAUUAUGUAUUCAGCAGACCAGAGCAGAGAAUUUAUCAACAAGAAAAUAAAAGAGAGAUCCAGUUUUGAUGAUCGAUAUAACGACUGCCUAGAUAUGGUACAGGAAUUCAUCAAUCCAUUAAGCAUGGAAAAGAAACGGGGUAACUUUACUGAACUUACCUGUCGAUCUUUACAACUUGGUGACAGAGUACGUCGUGGUCCUGACUGGAGCCAUGGGAAUCAGGAUGGUCAUAUGGCUGGAACCGUCGUGGGACAACAAUCACAUGGUGUAAUCAGAGUUAAAUGGGACAGUGGUGAUACCAAUAUCUACAUGCAAUGUGACGAAACUAAUACAUACGAUCUUAGGAAGGUAGAUGAACCUAGAAUACUGGUGGAUGAGAUGAUAGCUGUUGGUUGUAGAGUUGUUAGAGGACAUAAUUGGAAGUUUGGUGAUACUGAUGGUGGACAUGGAAGUGUAGGGACAGUUAUAAAUGUGAAACAGGAGGGGAAAGUUGUGGUGAGAUGGGAUUCUAAAAGAACAGGACUAUAUAAGAUGGGAUAUAAUGGACAGUUUGAAAUAAGAGUACAUGAUGCAGCUCUUAGGAGUAAAAGACCUGAACCGAGAUCAGAUUAUAACAGCCCACAUACAUCAGACAGUGAAUCAGAGAAUGAAACAUGUCGACCAAAAUCCAGCACAAUUAAAGACAAUAAAACACAAGAUCCAACAGAUUAUGUCAUUCCGAUAUAUUCCGAUUCAACAGUGAGUGCUAUUUGGGAAUAUCAAGAAGGCUCCGAGUGGAAAAAGUAUCCAAAUGAUAUAAAUGUAAGAAUCGAAAAAGCUUACCAAAGAAAGCAGACAGGAAAAACAAUUAUCGAAAUGGAUCGUACUACGUAUCAAAUACAUUUUUCAAGAAUGAUUCAAGUGAAUCCAAGUAAUAAGACAGAAAAAUCCAUCCAAAGAAAAGAUUAGAAUGGGAGAUAAAGAAGAAGAUUUGUCGAAAAAAGAAUGGACAAUUUUAUUUUAAUUGAUUUUUAUUAAAGUGAAUGUUGCAUAUA